AUGUACAGCUCAUCAUCAUAUGAGAAAGAACUGAGCAGCAAUAUUCGCAUGAAUGGCAGCGAAUAUGCCUGGACUGGCUCCCAUAUUGCCUUGCUGCAUGCCAAGCCCAGCUGGGCACUGUACUCGGAGUAUCAUGUAUUCGCAGAUCCACAAUCGAACGUCAUUGUCUUCAACUCAGUCAACCAAAUGACUAGUUUUACACCUCUAUCGUUCCCAGUCACUGGGGUCUCGUUCCAGAACGGGCACUUCGGUCUAGAUGUGAGGACGAAAGUCCGCGGACUGAGCGAUUUUGUCUCCAGUAAAUGGAGAUCUGCUGUGGGAGAUUCAAGCCCCAAGAAGUCGAUGAUACGCAGACUCAGCGAGAUUGUGUCCGGAGAGGAACAAGAAGAAGCAGAAGAGAAUGAGUCGGCACAACCGAGCCCAUCAGAGACAAAUUCAUCAGAGCCAGCGUCACCGGAGCCGAGUCUCCUACACGGGAGAAGAUUCUCCCUAUCGCCUUCCAUCGGCAAUGCACCGAGGCGCAGGACAAGCAUUUGGAGCCAUUCCGGCGAGUAG